AUGAUUCUUUAUAUGCUAGCUCAAGAAUUCAUACUAGUGGCAGCAAAAGAAUCAAAGGAAACAAAUGGAGUGCCACAUGCGCCACAUGCAACACAAGCAGCGGGGAAGCUUCCUGGAAAUUGGCCAAAAAUUGACGUAGCUCCACCACCAAAUGAAGAAUUUACAAAACUCGUAGAUUUAUCUAAAGUUUCAAAAGCUCCUGUUACGACGAAUACGUCUAAAUGCGAUACUAAAGAUCCUUAUUGUUAUUGGACUUGUACUGGUUGUGUUAGAAACAGUACUGACAUUGUUUUGUGUCCCAACAAAUUAGAUUGGGGUCUUUCUUUCGACGAUGGUCCAAGUGAGUUUACGGAUAAGCUCCUCGAUUAUUUGGAAGCAGAACAAGUGCUAGCUACCUUCUUUGUUGUUGGUUCUCGAGUAUAUGAACGUCCUGACAUUUUGAGAAAGGCCUUUAAAGCAGGACAUCAAAUCGGUAUACACACUUGGUCACAUCAUGCUUUAACCAGUCAAUCCGAUGAAACAAUUAUCUCUGAGCUUCAAUGGACUGCCGCAGCAAUCAAAGAGGCCAUUAAUAUAACUCCUAGACAUAUGCGUCCUCCAUUUGGUGAUUAUGACGAUAGAGUUCGUGACAUUUCAACUCAACUAGGUUACAAAGUGGCAAUUUGGGACUUAGAUACUCACGAUUGGAUGUCAUCAUCUGACAAAACUUACCAACUAAAUUGGAUCGAAAAUAAUUUUACUCAAUGGGUAAAUGAUCCUAAGCUUCGCAAUACUGGUCAUAUUUCCCUUGAACAUGAUCUAUAUAAUCAAACCGCUGCCAGAGUUCCUUUGGUCGUUCCGAUUCUUAAGAAGGCUAACUAUAUAAUUAAAACUAUCGCUUCUUGUUUGGGUGAAAGUCCUUAUGUGGAGGAUAUUGAUCUUGUUGAAUCUUCAGAUAUUGCAGUAAAAAACGAAGACGCCAAUUCACCUGAUCCCACAUCGACACCGAAAUCUGAUGCUUCGUUGGUUGCGAGUGAUUUUUGGUCAAUUAGUUUAGGUGUUAUG